AAAAUCUCAUUCUUGCACUCACUUGGGUAUGGAUGACGACCUUGUCCUCAACCUCGAGCUUGACACAGGUUCUGCGCAGAAGGGUGGUUCCGUGAAGAAGGGGGGUAGAUGGACUGACCGUGUCAGGGCGAAGCGUGUGGCGAAACGAAAGGGAAGACCACAAGAUGCUCCUUUAAAUCAGCACCCUUCUGAGGCCGCAGAACCGCCCAACAAAAAGCCUCGCAAGGCUCAAGUUUCGCCAGUCGCCGGGCUCGCCGUUGAGCGUGCCUCAGCACCGUCGAAGUCGACCCAAGUAAUAUCUUCACUAUUCACCUCUAAUCCGAAAAUCGAGCAACUCGCUAUCCCGCCUCUACUAAAAUUUAAUGGUCGCCCUAGCAAUGCACCUUUGGAUACCUCCACUUUCGCUGGUCUGGAUCUGGAUCCUCUCAUUGUCAGUCACCUGCAGACGAAGAUGGGCAUCGAGAAGCCGACAUCUAUUCAACGUGCUGCUCUCCCUACUCUCUUAUCAAGCCUGAAAGAAGAUACGUCUGCGAGAGAUGUCUUCAUUCAAUCGCAGACGGGUUCCGGGAAAACCCUCUCCUUUCUGCUGCCGAUAAUCCAAGACCUCCUUCCCCUCAGUUCCCUCUCGUACAUAGACCGUUCGAUCGGUACUCUCGCUAUCAUUAUUGCCCCCACUCGCGAACUAGCAAAACAAAUAUCUGACGUACUAGAAGCAUUGCUCAAUAUGCGUCUUCGUCCUCCAGAUGACUCCCCAAACGAUACUUCCUCUGGUCCGCGCCUUACUCGUUGGCUAGUCUCCGGUCUGCUCACGGGUGGUUCUACCAGGCAGCACGAAAAAGCCCGUCUGCGAAAGGGAGUGCCGAUUCUCGUCUCUACCCCUGGUCGCCUACUGGACCAUCUCCAGAAUACUGCUUCCUUCAAUGUCGGCAAAUGUCGCUGGCUUGUGCUCGAUGAAGCCGAUCGUCUCAUGGAGCUUGGCUUCGAGGAGACUAUUACGGGUAUUGUCAAGGGUCUCGACGGGCAGCGGAAGCUCGCGAAACAGGCUGUCGAGGAAGGGAAGAGCAUGGAGGUCCGUGGCUGGGACUGGGAGCGGCGGAGACAGACCAUCCUGUGUUCAGCAACGAUUCGUGAAGACGUGCAGAAGCUGGCCGGAACAACGCUCCUCAAUCCCGUUGUUUUCAAGGCUACCCAAGUAGACGAACUACAGAAAGCUCUCGACCCGUCCAAGCCUGCGGCAGACGCCGUUGCCGAAAUCGCUGCUGGUGAUACCAAAUUCACACCUCCCUCACAGCUUGCACAGAAGUACAUGAUCGUUCCGCUGAAGCUUCGUCUUGUUACUCUCGUUGCGCUUCUGCGCAGUUUGCUUGCCCAGACACAUGGGAAGCGGACCAGCAAGAUCAUCGUGUUCCUGAGUUGCACGGAUUCCGUCGACUGCCAUUGGAGUUUGCUUGGUGGUACCUCUAUGGGCGAAGAAGAGUCUGAAUCUAAGUCUGAUGCUGAUGAAGAGGGUUCCGAGAAGGAGGAAGAGGUCAAGAAGAAGAGUGGAGUUGAGACCAAGUCGCCACUCCUUCCGGGAGCAUCGAUUUACCGACUUCACGGGUCUCUCCCCUUGCAGACACGUCUUGCUUCAUUGAAAGGCUUCGCUUCGGUGCCCAAGACGAAUGGAUCAAAGAACGGCAACGGCUCUACCUCCUCCAUCCUUCUGUGUACCUCCGUUGCGUCUCGUGGUCUCGAUCUCCCACUCGUGCGUGCAGUCAUUCAGUACGACUUGCCUACGGAAGGCGGAGCUACCGAAUACGUUCACCGUGUCGGACGUACUGCUCGUGUCGGUAAAGGUGGUGAGGCAUGGAGCUUUGUGGCGCCGAGCGAGCAAGAGUGGGUCAAGUGGGUCAAAGCGAAGAUGCAGGGCGACCAGCCGGUUGAGGGUAAGAGCACCAUUGCACUUCAGCAAGUCCCAUUCAACGACGUGCUCCGAAGCGGAUUUGGCGGUCAAGGGCUAGAGUUCGAGGAGAGGGCGACCGAAGUUCAGUUAUCUUUAGAGCGCUGGGUGCUCAAGGGCAAAGAGAAUGCCAAGUCUGCACGGAAGGCGUUCCUUUCCCACAUUCGUGCCUACGCCACACAUCCUUCUGACGAGAAGCACAUUUUUCACGUCCGGCACCUUCAUCUUGGCCACUUGGCGAAGGCCUUCGCUCUUCGAGAGGCGCCGUCCGCCGUGACCGAUGCGAAUGCAAAAGCCAAGAAUAUCAAAGCGAAGGCGGCCUUGAAGGGUAGGCGCAAACCCAGAGGUGCGCGUGGCGGCGAUGACGAGGAUGAUUUCGAUGUAGGCGAUGCGGAGAAGCGCAUGGAGAAGGUCGUACGCGAGCAGGGUCGCUUGACCAAGAAAAGUGGGAAGAUGGCCAGCAGUGGAACGGGCGAGUUCCAGCUAGCAGGAGGUGAUUAUCUGGAGAAGCUGAUCGGGCGGUAGUAUGUCGUGUAAAGCGUCUAGUGUCCCUCUACUCCCACUACGUCGACUUCCACGAUGACUUCCUCUCGCUAUGUGCCUUAUCCCUGCCCAGCGUGAGUGAAACUAGAGGGGUAUAUC